GGUAUCUCGUAGUCUCCCAUAGCUACAGCAAACAGACUUGUUUUACAUGGGAUUCCAUGGCCAGUUCGCCCCUGAAUGCAAAAGCAAAGGUCAACUGAAAUUGGCAAAUGUGGAGCAGUAAAUGGGAAAAGAAACAAACAAAUGGGGGCAACUAGUAAGACACGGCGAUAAAUUACGAAAAAGCAACCCAACGCAGCAGCGGAUUAAAAUUGACAAAUAGUGCUUAAGUGGUGCACAAAUCAAAGAUGACAAAUAAAAAAGAAAUUGCAAAUUGAUAGUGCGAAAACGAAGCAUUUGCAAAACGGUGUGAUAUAGUAUAUAAGACGUAGGUGUUAAUGAUAUCGGCAGAGUCAGUUUUGAUACGACUAAUAGUUCGGAAGUAUUAUCUCAACAUUGUACAAAAUGCACGUCCUUAUUACGCUGUCUCUUGUGGCUGUAGCUUAUGCCGGCAAUCUGGGAUACAACUACCAACCCGUGCAGCAAUCUUACCACACUUCUAGUGAUGGUUACCACACUUCUAGUGUUGGUGGCCAUGAUCAAGCUGCUUACAUACCACCUGUACAAAGUGCACCCAUCAGCCAUGAACACGCACCCGUUGAAGAGGCACAUCAAGCUGCGCCUGAGCUUAUGAAGGAGUUCUUCACCUACACCGCUAACGACCACGAUUUCCACGAACCCAUCAACAACGAUCAGCUUUCAAACAACCUGCGUAGGAGCCUGCGUGUCAUUUUCAUUAAGGGACCCGAGAACAGCGGUGUGCAAGAUGCUGCUUUGGCUCUGUCCAAACAGGCAGCCGAGCAAAAUACUGCGAUUUAUGUGCUGAACAAGCAGGCUGAUAUCAACGAUCUUGGAAACAAGCUAAAUAGCCUUCGCUCCAACAACAACCAGAAGCCAGAGGUUCACUUUGUUAAAUACCGCACACCGGAGGAUGCUCUCAAUGCCCAGCGCGCCAUCCAAGGUCAGUACGAUGAGCUGGGAGGUACCUCAUCUCAUCACAAUGGCGGCGUUGCACCCGUGCUGAAUUUUGCCUCCCAUGCACCCGCUCAGCCAGCGGCAGAGAUUCACCAGCCCUUGAACUCAUAUCUGCCUUCAUCGGUGUUCCGCAGUCGCCUCUAGGAACAAUGAACGGAUCAACAAACUGAUUACCAUAGUUAACCAUUAUUCCUUAGUUAC